AUGACACCACCCCAUCAGAAGCAUUUCCAUACUUCCAACCCGGAGGAAGCUACCGCGAUCAAUAGAUCGCUUCCCGAAUUUGCAGCAGCGCAAACUACAGACGAGGACGAGUAUUUCGCAAAUCACCAACCGCCAACUUACCUUCCUGAAAUCGAGGAGGAGGUGCGCGGCUUUGUUGCAUUUCAUCAACAGACCACGGGCAAGAGAUUAGCGUUGGUGACGUCGGGCGGCACCACGGUGCCCUUGGAGAACAACACCGUUCGGUUCAUCGAUAACUUCAGCGCUGGAACACGAGGCGCCACAUCGGCGGAAUACUUCUUGGAGAAUGGCUACGCGGUGAUCUUUUUGCACCGCGAGUUUUCGUUGUUACCCUACUCGAGACACUUUAGCCACUCAACCAACUGCUUCCUCGACUACAUGACGGAACGAGACAACAAGAUUGAAAUCGACCCUAAAUACAGCGCCGAGAUGUUGAAGGUGUACCGCAAGUACAACGAGGCGCAGGAUUCAAACUCGUUGCUCCUCAUCCCUUACACAACGGUGAACCAAUAUCUAUAUACCUUGAAAACGAUAUCGGAGGCGUUGAAAAUUUACCAGAAUAAAGCGGUGUUUUAUUUGGCUGCCGCGGUGUCGGAUUUCUUCAUCCCGCAGUCGCGUAUGCCCCAGCACAAGAUCCAGAGCUCAGCUACCACUGACGGCGAGUUGGUGAUACGAUUAGCGGCAGUUCCAAAGUUUUUGAGCCGGUUAGUUGACAAUUGGUCCUUGGGCGCGAUGAUCAUCAGCUUCAAGUUGGAGACGGAUAACAACCUCUUGAUCAAGAAGGCCAAGAGCGCAUUGGAGAGGUACCACCACCAGUUGGUCAUUGGCAACUUGCUCCAAACGAGAAAAAAGGAAGUGGUUUUUGUAUCGCCGGGAAGGGAGGAGUGGAUCAGACUCAGCGAUGAGGAAAUUGCAAACGGCAAGGAGAUUGAAAGCGAGAUGAUCCCUGCUGUCAUCAAGCAUCACGAUGAUUGGAUCCAAGCUUCGAAAUAA